UUCAAUGUCGCCAAUUGUUUGCACAGACUCCCAGAUGGCUUUGCACAGCUCAAGAAUCUUACAUCUCUUAGUCUUAAUGAUGUGUCUCUGAUCAGGUUGCCUCCAGACAUCGGAAGUUUAACAGAACUCACAGUACUGGAAGCCAGAGAGAAUCUGAUCAAGUACCUACCAGUUUCCAUGGAAUUCCUUACGAAGCUUGAAAGACUGGAUUUUGGAUGCAAUGAACUUGAAGAACUUCCUGAUAUUGUUGGAUCUCUGCCAAAUCUGACAGAGUUGUGGUUAGAUGGAAAUCUGUUGAAGACAUUACCUCCAGAAAUAGGAAACCUCAAGAAGCUCCAGAUAUUUGACGUAUCGGAGAACAAGAUUGAAUAUUUACCAGAUGAAAUUUCUGGAUGUGUUGGUCUUACUGACUUUCACUUAUCACAAAAUUUACUUGAAGAGCUUCCUGACACCGUGGGAAAACUCAAGAAACUUCAGUUGGUCAAAAUCGACCAGAACCGGCUACUUUGUCUCACACCAGCGAUAGGAGGACUCUCUAGCUUGCAAGAAUUAAUAUUGACAGAAAACCUUCUUGAGGAAAUUCCGUCAACAAUAGGAAAACUUCACAAGUUAACACAUUUAAAUUUAGAUAGGAAUCGACUAACGUCUUUACCAGUUGAGAUUGGAAGCUGUACAAGAUUGAGUGUCUUUUCAUUAAGAGAAAACUGGCUAAUGCGUCUGCCGUCAGAAAUCGGCAAUUGUAGAAAUCUUCAUGUUUUAGAUGUAUCAGGAAACAGGUUAGAAUGUCUGCCCUUGACUGUGGGAUCACUUCCUUUGAAAGCAUUGUGGUUAUCAGAAAAUCAGUCCCAGCCAGUCCUGAAGCUUCAAACGGAGGAUGACGAGCAGACUAACAGCAGAGUUCUUACAUGUUUUCUGUUACCGCAGCAAGGCCUUGGAAGUUUAGAGAUGCUUACGAAUGAUUUAACACAUGGAUUUGCUGUUGACAAUCUUGCAAUGGAUGAUACAGAGGAAGUUGCACGGCCACGCAGUGGAAGUGUGCCAGCUGUACAGUUUGCUGACGAUUCUGAUAGAGAUAGUGAUAAAGAAACUCAGUUUAUCCGACAUGACACACCACAUCCUAGGGAUCUAAAAGCUCGUCACCCAAAGAUAACAAUGCACAAGAUCAAAGGCUCUGAGCACUUAGAUGGCGUAAUUAUCAAAUCACGAAAGUCCUUCACGGAUGAGGAAAGUGGAUCCGAUUCAGAAUUUCGCCCAAGAAGAACAAGUUUUGAAGACAAGGGCAAGGUUGCAGAAAAGAAACAGGAGACAGUUCCUGAAACAGUCAGUGAAAAAAAGGGAGGAGUGGGGUUUGCAGUAGAAACGUCCCAAGAAAACAAUAAAGAAGCUGUGGAAGAGGCAUCAGGCUCUGAGGAUGACGGCGACAGGGAGCAGAAAAUCCGAUUUGAAGGAGAAGACCAUCCUGAGACGGAAAGACAUGAUAAGCUGCGGCGACGAGAUACUCCUCAUUAUUUGAAAGGCAAGAGAAUUGAUCUUCAGUCCAACAAUCAGGACAAAGUCAUGGAAAUUCUUGCCAAGGCUGGGAAUCGUGAUGGUGACGAUGGCCAGAAUAAUGAAGCUAAUGAAGAUGGCCGCCUUGAUGGAGAAAUGGAAGAGGGUCCAGCCUUGAAGAGAAAGCCGACGCCUCCUAACGGGUUUGGACGCCGUGCUAGCGAGGAGGAGAAAGCCGACACAGAGAAUGAAGAACAAGAGCUUGUGACAGUCACGAAAGUUGUGGAAGAGAUUGAGUACACGAUUCAUCGGAAUAACAAAGGCCUUGGAAUCAACAUUGCCGGUGGGAAAGGUUCAACUCCCUACAUCGGAAAUGAUGAGGGAAUUUUUAUUUCGAAGAUUUCAGAAAAUGGUCCUGCAGGCCAGGAUGGGAUUCUCAAAACGGGUGACAAGAUCAUGAAGGUAAAUGGCGUUGAUAUUUCAAGCGCUACUCAUCACGAGGCUGUGCGUGUUUUGAAAAACGCCGGAAACGACAUUCAUUUAGUUGUUGUUAGAGAAAGAGAAGAUCUGGAAAAGAGAACGGUUGUGAAGUCAUCCAGGGAAAACCUGAUGAUAACAGAUGAUGCUGAUGAGAUUGAUCAAGCUUUAGAGGAAGCUUUUACGAAGCAGGAAGUGAAUGAGGUUCACAAGGAGCCAGAAAUUGAACCACCCAAGGUUGCUGAAGAACCUCCAAAGGAAGAGACCAAAAAGGUCGGCGUGCGAUUCGCACCGGAACCGGAAAUGGAAGACAUUCAAACCAAAACAGAGAAAGAGACGAUCACGUUAAAGCGAGGAGGUGAAAAGGGCCUGGGGUUUAGCAUUGCUGGGGGUCGUGGAUCGACUCCAUAUAAAGAUGGCGACUCGGGAGUUUUCAUCUCUAAGAUUGCCGAGGGUGGAACGGCGGAGCGAGAUGGGAGGCUUCAAGUUGGAGAUAAAGUACUUUCGAUCAACGGUAAAGAUAUGAAAAUCGCGCGGCACGAGGACGCUGUUGCCAUGUUAACCGGCGGGCUCUCUUACGUCACCCUUGUGGUUGUUCGUGAACGGGUUAUUAACAAGAGAAUGUUACCGCUCUCAAAACUGCAGGAUCAGUCGUUAGUUAACAAGAGACUGGCACCAAAGCCUGAAAUGAACCAUGUAACACCGGAGAAGUCGACAGAAGUUAAUCAUGCCGACAAGAAUGGAGCUGCAGACCUUGAUAUUGAGGAAAUCAUUUUAAAGAAAGGCAACAACCCCUUAGGAUUCAGCAUUGUUGGAGGCUCUGAUCAUGCGAGCCAUCCGUUUGGAAUGGACGAACCUGGAAUAUUUAUCUCUAAGAUUGUUUCAAACGGAGUUGCAGCUACGACACAUCUUAGAGUCGGAGAUAGAAUGUUAAUGGUAAAUGGUAAGGACAUGAGAAACGCCACACACCAAGAAGCUGUAGCAGCGUUAAUAGCUAAUGUGUCUCUUAUAAAGCUUCUCGUCCGCCAUGAUCCACCACCGAAGGGACUUCAGGAGGUACAUUUGCACAAAGGCCCUGGAGAGAGACUGGGGAUCAGUAUAAGAGGUGGCGCCAAAGGACAUCCGGGAAAUCCAUUAGACAAGACUGAUGAAGGAAUAUUUGUGUCUAAAGUGAACGAGGGCGGCGUAGCGUUUAAAGAUGGACGACUUAAAGUGGGACAAAGAUUGCUAGAGGUCAAUGGCACCAGUCUCCUUGGCGCCACGCAUCUGGAAGCCGUGCGCUCGCUGAGAGGGAUUGGAGACAAUUUAUCGCUGCUGGUGUGCGACGGGUUCGACCCCGCUGACGUGCCCGCGGGACAACACGCGGCCUGGCAGGCUAGUCCCGUGGCGACGAUAAACACCUCAAAAUCACAGAGUCAGGAGUCUUUGGAGCGUGACAUACCGGUUAACGAAAGAGCCUACGAAGACAUCAGAAAAGAAAUCAAGAGACAGGAGGAAGAGGCUAGAAAGGAAAGCGAAAGGUGGGAGAGAGAAGAAAAAGAGAGACAGGAAGCCCUUCGAAGACGCCUAGAAGAUACCAAAGGCAUAGGAGAGGAAAAAACUGGACAAAACAGAGCAGUUACAGGUAAANCUGCUGAGGUCCUUUCGGCAAGUAAAUUUAGAACUUGUGGGAAAAAUUGA